CGGUUUCACGCAGACACGAAGACAAAGUUAGCAGUUUAUUUAGUACUAACAAAUUAUUCACUAUUUAAUAGUAUUAAAUUAAGUAUCUUUUUAAAAUUAUGGUAACUGGUGACUUAGCAGAUUCGAAAAAUGAGGAAGCAAUUAAUACUUCCAAAGAAUCUGAUGUUCAUGUCCAUCAAAAAACUUUUACACUCGAAAUAUUACAUAUUAUAAAAGAUGCUCAACAGCAACAUGGACUUCGUCAUGGAGAUUAUCAACGGUAUAGAAGUUAUUGCAGCCGAAAGCUUCGAAGAAUUCGGAAAUCUUUACAUUUCAGUCAAGCCUCAAAGCAUAGAUUUCAGGCAAAAAAAAUUACCGAAGAUACUCUAAAUGAUGUUAGAUUUCUGUAUAUUCCUUUGAUAAUGGCUGAACGAGCCUGGGGUUAUGCCAUGCAACUAAAACAGGAAGCGAAUACUGAACCUCGAAAGAGAUUUCAUUUGAUUUCUCGACUAAGAAAGGCUUCAAAAAUUGCAUGUGAUUUAGAAUCAUUGUGCGAAAGUUCAAAAUGUGAUGCAAGAACAAAACUUGAAGCUCAAGCUUAUGCAGCAUGGAUCAAAGGGUCACUGUUUUUUGAAAUUCAAGAAUGGCAAUCUGCAAUUGAGUGUUUCCGUAUAUCACAAACAAUUUACGAAAAACUGUCUGAAGCUUUGAAUGAGGAAGAAAUAGUUCUCUACAAACAGAGAGUGGAGGAGCUGAUGCCAAAUAUUCGUUACUGUGCCUACAACAUUGGAGAUGAAACUGCAAUUAAUGAUCUUAUGAAAAUGAGAUUAUCUGGAAAGACAUCAGGAGAAGAUAUGUUAGGUGCUGAUUUAGAUCAUUUAAUAGCUCAAACGAGAGAAAAACAAGCUGUCACUCUAUCUGAGGUUGAAUGGAGAAAUCGAAAAAUACCCGUGCGUCAUGAAAAAAUUAGAUUGUUUCUAUUAAACGUUCAGGAUUCUCAUACACAAGUUGAACAAGCUCCAAACUUGCAGGCCAAAAUAGCAGUCUAUGAACGAUUGCUGUUGGAUAGCAAAGAUGCUAUACAAGUUGUGAGAGAUGAAAUGAAAGAUCAGACUGCUAAAGGUCGUUCAGAAGCUGUGCACUCCAGCCUUGCUUACUUGCAUUCUUACCUGACAUAUAUUAGACUUUCUAAAACUGUAGAACGAAACUUGUUAUUCAUUGAAUCCCUUAGGCAAAAUAUGGGUUCUUCAUUAGAUGUGUCUCUAGAUGGCAAGAAAGUCACAAAACCUCAAGACUUGGUUCGACCGUAUGAGAUUAUCAUUCAGAAUUUGCAUGAGAUGACCCAGUUACAAGGUGUUGAAUCAGAUACGGUUUUUCUUGAAGAGACGGAAGCAAAUAUUUUAGCAUAUAAAGCUCAUAGAUGCUUUUAUAUAGCAGAAGUGUAUGCAACAGCUAACAAAUGGGCAGAAGCAAUGGCUUUAUAUGGGCGAGCUGAAGAAUAUACCCAGCAAGCUUUAAAAAAUAAGGCACUGAAAGAUAAAAAAUUGAUUGCUUUGCUUAAAGAUCUUGCUAUAAGGAUUGAGGGUAACAAAUACAGUGCAUAUUCCUUAAGCAUUCUAGGAAACGAAGAUUCUGUACCAUCUGAAACAGUGAAGGAGAAAAAGAAUUUGAUAGAAAGGCUUGAUCAAUAUCAUGAAGAUUCCUCUUUAGUUUCUCAACAGCCUAAAAUAGCUCAGUUUCCACCAGAUUUCAAACCAAUUCCUUGCAAGCCUUUGUUUUUUGACCUUGCACUUAAUGAAGUGGAAUUUCCUCCUCUUGAUGAUCGGAUUGAGCAGAAGAAAGGUGGUGGAAUAACUGGAUUUGUAAGAGGGUGGCUUGGUGGAUGGAAAUGAACAAGUGCUACUUUAUAUGAAAUAUUUUAUAAUGGAAAGAAUAAUUAAAAAAUUAUAAUUGUUUGAA